ACCGCCGAGUGCCCCUCUGCAGCCAGGCCUGGGGGUCGGCGCUGGCCAGACCGAGGCCGGGGCCCGUCUGGGGGGCGCUGAGCUGCUCCGGGGGAGGAUUUACCCAGUGGCGAGGGAGCCCGAAGCUCAGAGCAUGACGGAGAAGGAGGCGCUGGCGCCACCAGCCUCACCCGCGCCAGGGGGGAAGCCCGCAAGCAGGCUCCGGGUGCUGAAGCAGCUGUUUCUGCGGAAGCCCAAGGAGGAGCCACCGGCGGAGCCACAGCCCAACGGGGAGCUGGUCAGCCCCACAGGGGGGCCCCUCUAUUACUUCUACGAGGAGGAGGAGGAGGAGGAGGAGGAGGAAGAGGAGCCCGAGCCACCCCCCGAGCCCCAGAAGCCCGUCAAUGACAAGCCCCACAAGUUCAAGGAUCAGUACUUCAAAAAGCCCAAGUUCUGUGACGUCUGUGCCCGCAUGAUUGUCCUCAACAACAAAUUUGGCCUGAGAUGCAAGAACUGCAAAACCAGCAUCCACCAGCACUGCCAGUCCUACGUGGAGAUGCAGCGCUGCUUCGGCAAGAUCCCCCCCGGAUUCCACCGGGCGUACAGCUCCCCCCUCUACAGCAACCAGCAAUACGCCUGCGUCAAGGAGCUGCUCUCGGCAGCCAAUCGCAGUGACCCUGUGUUCGAGACCCUCCGGAUGGGCGUCAUCAUGGCCAACAAGGAGCGGAAGAAAGGACAAGAUGAUAAGAAGAAUCCCUUGGCCGCCAUGAUGGACGAGGAGCCGGAGCCUGGGAAGCACGAAGUGGGCAAACUGGAGGCAGGCAACCCAGAAGGGGACAAGAAGGCAGAGAAAAGCAACUCUGAUGACAAGAACAAGAAGCCCCAGCCCGGCUUCCUGCAGACUCAUUACUUCGUGGCGCUUUAUCGCUUCAAAGCCCUGGAGAAGGACGACCUGGAUUUCCACCCGGCGGAGAGAGAUGCGGUGUGGAUGACUCCAACGAGAGUGGUGCGGGUGGGGGGUCCCCCUCGUCGGCUAGCGCAUGGUCCGGGAUUCUCGGCAGCAGCGGGUGCACGUGUGGGGGCAGCACCUGGAGAGUUAGAGCUUAAACCCAUGAUUAUCGGUCACGCCUCACGAAGUUCAGUGAUGUGCGGGCCCGGCAUCUUGGUGCUAAGUGGGCUGCACGAAAACCUGUCGAUAGUACCCGCCAUCCCAAUAAAGGGCCUGGACCUGCUUCUUGGACGGAGCAGGGUCGACGAUGAAGUUGGACCCCUGAUCCGUUUAAGACCUGCCUUGGGGAACCCACACCCGGUGAAUCGUCAGCGCGCAUCUGCCACUGUAUCUGCUUCGAUAGAGGACAAGGCCACCGCCUCGGCGAUAGAUGCACUCUUGCCACGCGGCACCUUGAAUGUGGGUCCCGCCCACGCCAUCAAAGGUCAGCCUCUGAACGGAUCUACCCGACGUCGUCCAACAAUAUGGGUCCGGCAACCGAGUGGUAUUAGUCGUGGCCUGUCUGGGCUGAUUUCUCAAGAUUAUGUCGUGCUGCGGGUGUUUCUCCCACCGGGCUUGCUGCGGUCUAUGAUAUUCCCUAUCCCUCAAACUCACAGCCUCAUGGCUGUGUCGGAUUACUCGGGCAUCUACCAAUCACGUGCUCAUACAGUGUGCUCCAGUAUUGACAGCAGCAGGUCCAGCAAUGUCCUCUUUGUUUGGGCGCCCCCAUGGUCCCCACUGCCUCUCUGCCCCCAUUUCUCCCCCAUCUGCAUGGAUGUCCAGCCCUCCGUCUCUGCCCCCGCACUCCCUUCAUCUCUCCCACUCGGCACUGCAUCUCAGCCCCCAGCCCCACCACUGCUCUGCGUCUGGUUCCCUGCAGCGUCUAACCUGCCCCUGUUCCGGGGCACCCUCCUUCCUUCCCCCCAGAUCGUGGUGCAGAAGGGGGAGGAAGCGAACGGCUACGUCAAGGUGUACACCGGCCGCAAGAUGGGGCUCUUCCCCGUCAACUUCCUGGAGGAGAUUUGAGCCCCGGCCGGCGCCGGCAGUGGUCUUUAGCCAAGGGGUGAGCAGGCUGAGCCUGGAGUCCUGACUCGGGCCCGAACACGGCCACCGGGGGCAUUUCCUUAGAGACAGCUCCUAGGGGCAGCUGCAGACGGAGCUCCCCUCUCAGGAUAAAUUCCCCACGUCGCUGCAGGGAGCAGAUCCUCAGCAGGGACGUUGGAGCCGGGAUGGCAGCUU